AUGGUUAAAUCCAAACCAACAAUAGUUUUUGUUAUUUUCAUGUUCAUGGUGGUGGUAUCUCAGGCUCAUGUUUUUGACAUCACAAAGUUUGGCGCAAAGCCUGGUUCCGAAAUUAGCAAGCCUCUAUGCGAUGCUUGGAGAGCGGCAUGUGGUACGCCUGCACCAAGCAAAUUGCUCAUUCCAAAAGGCCAGUUUUGCUUGAAUGUCAUUGAGUUUAAGGGACCUUGCAAAGCUAGAGUUGAGGUUCAAAUCGAUGCACUUUUGAUCGGUCCCAAGGACCCUAAGGUCAUUCCUAAAGGAAAGCAAUGGAUUACGUUUAGUUACAUCAAUGGCCUGACCGUAUCAGAAUAUAUUGACACGACGAAUAUAUAUAUAUAUCAUAAUCAUCGUGAUUGUGAUAUUGUUUCAGGUUGUGGUACGUUAGAUGGCAUUGGAGGAGCCAUGGCAUGGCCAUCAAAUAAUCCAAAGAAAAACGCUCACCACAAAAAACCGUGUGGCCUUCAGUAUAAUCUUAGCUUCAACUUCAUCCAGAAUGCUUUGAUUACCGGAAUAACUUCAAAAGACAGUAAAAAUUUCCAUGUCAACGUGAUGUCGUGUACAAACGUAAUGUUUGACAAGUUUCAUAUAUUGGCUCCAGCAGAGAGCCCUAACACGGAUGGAAUCCACCUUGGAUGGUCAAAACACAUUACUAUUAGGAAUUCCAUAAUUAGAACCGGUGAUGAUUGUAUCUCGAUUGGUGAUGGAUGUGAGAACUUGCACAUUGAGGGAGUGAAAUGCGGUCCGGGCCAUGGUAUAAGUGUUGGAAGCUUGGGUAGAAACCCGGGUGAGAAACCAGUGAAAGGGGUUUUUGUGAAAAACUGUGUAUUUACAUGUACACAAAACGGUGUCCGGAUCAAAACAUGGCCUGAUUCUCUUCCUGGAGAGGUUGCAGAUAUGCAUUUUGAACAUCUUCAAAUGGAUAAAGUUGAAAACCCAAUUAUCAUUGAACAGGAUUAUUGCCCUCAUGGCGCAUGCUCAAAAAGCAAACCAUCGUUGGUUAAGGUUCACAAUAUAUUCAUCAAGGACAUCAAGGGAACCGCGACUACACCAACAGUUGUAAAGCUUAGAUGCAGCAAAGCAAAUAAUGGUUGCGAGAAUGUGAGGAUUCACGACAUUCAUCUAACGUAUCAUGGUCCUCACGGGCCUGCGCGUCAAGAAUGUUGCAACGUUAAGCCAAUUUACUCUGGAUCAUUGGUGCCUCCUGGUUGUGCACGGAGUUGAUUGAUUCUAUACGCGCGUAAAUUCGUAAAAUAACUUCCAAUGCUCUCCGGUUUCAUGAUUUUGUAACUAUAUACCACUUUGGAUCAUGGUGAUUGUUAGUUCAUUUCAUGUUUUAGGAUCAAUCUGGUUUGGAUCAUC